GUUAUUAAAGGCUUGUAAAUCAAUUAUGUGGAUAGUCAAAUUUAUCCAAACUGGACAGGAAUGAAUUAUCUACCCAGACCACAUCCUUGUCACAACUGGAGGUUGGUACCUAACUUGGUUAUUCCUAUCGUGGUGAUCAGGUGACCAUGAGCCAGUUCAUCCUCCUUGGUUACUGUUGAUUAUGGUUUGAAAUGAACGUUCUGUCGAUACCGUGAAUAGCGAAUUACAUGAAAGAUAAAAGUUUUCCGACGUAAAGUUAUGUAAAUUACAUGUUACGGACUGAAGAAAUGAUAUAGUCUGGGCGGUAUUUCAAGCCUCAUGAAAACACAGGUUCAUUUUAUGUUAUCGUCUGCCUUCAUGAGAUUUCUGACAUGCGUUUAUUGCCACUGGCUUUAACAAGUCUACAGGUUUACUCUGUGGUAUUCGGAAGCUACGAGGAAUAUGUAAUAUUGCCAGACAAUUCAGAUUACUGUCGGAGUCACUCUGGCUUUAGAAGAUUUUCGCUUUCUAGGCAGAUGAGUUUUGUCACCGGAUUAUAUAAUUCGUCAUGGAACAAUCUGUUAUAUGCUUGUAAGAUAAAAGUGUAUCCAAAUGGAAGACUUCUACAUUAUUCUUAUCCUGAAGGACAUACAUCAUACUGGUUCCACAGACUACGGGUUUCUAUUAAUUUUACCUCUUGCAAUGAUUUUUUGACUAUUGGGUUUAUACCCGAAGAAAUCACUCAACCUACUUUACUUCCAUAUGAGUUAAAUUUAACCUGUACAUUUACAUUUCCGCAAAUCAUCGAUUCAAAGCAUCGUAUUGUGUCAUUGGUUUGGCAUACAGAGUCCGGUUCAAUUGAGGAUGUAAAAUCUAAACUAGAUGUUCAAAUGUCAGCAUAUAUGCGAUUCGAAGGAACUUUCAGUCUUACUGAUAAAAUGCGUCGAUGUGAAGUAGGCUCUGGAUUUUGGUGUGGAAAUCAAACUGCUGUUUGUGUUUACGGUCAAAUGCGCUGUGAUCAAGCAGAUGAUUGCUUUGAUGGGGGAACUGAUGAAAUUGGUUGUCCACCUGUUCGUAAUUAUACAUAUGUUCAACCGAGACGUCCUUUGAACAGUUGGUCAGUAUACUUACCGUGGACGGCAUUAGGAUUAAUCCCUUUAAUAUUAGUAUUUGCUUUGGGACUUAUCUGUGCACCUCGAAAAUCUCUAGAUGAACUUGAAGAUGAUGAUCUUAGUCAAGAAAAUGAAUGUUUAAAAACUAUUUUCUCACCAAUGACUUCUUCAUCAGCAGCUUCACCUACUUUAUCUGAAUCAAGUUCACCUAGAUCUAUUCAAUCUAUUGCUGCUUGUUCUACUGGAGAUAAAGUUAUUGUUUGUGCGUCAGAAUUAACCCGGUCAUUAUCUCAUCCAAGUCUGUCUGAUAUGGUACGCACAACAUUUGUUACUAACGAAACUAACAAGCAAAAAUCUUGUCUUCUUAGCUCAAACAAUAAUACGAAACAAGAUCCUGAUUCUUUUUGUCUUCAACAAAAAAGUAAAAAAUAUUAUCCCGAAAGUUGUGAACUUCUUUUAAACAAUCAUAAUAGUAUUAUUAAUCAUGAUAAACGAAAUUUUAUGGAAGAUGGUUCAAGUUCCAAAUUUUUCAAUGAGGUUCUCAAACCAACUAAAUCUAGAGCUGUUACUUUUCAACUACCUGGAGCAUUUGAAGAAAAAUUAAUUAUGGAUUCAGACCAUGACAACAUUGAUCCAGAUUCAAAAAUACAAACAAAUAAAAGUCAUGAAGAAUCAAUGAAUCAGCGAGAAGCACAACGAAAUUCCGGUAAUAUUUCACGUCAAUCAAAAUUCGUUGAACCUGAUAAUCGAGCCAUUCCAGCAUGCUUUGAAAUGGCUGCUUUAAAAGUUAGAGUGUCACGCAAUGAAUUUGGAAAUGUCACUAAUCACAAUGUUAAUCCUGAUUUUGUUGAUCAAGAAAUUUGGAACUCAAAUGCUUUUACACUUAAACAGCCAUACAAAAACCAUCAUUCACACUCAAACUCUCAAUCACAAACCGAUAAUUCGAAAAAUAUUGUAAAAAAUACAAACAACAACGAUUUCAAUCAAUCUCAGUCAAGUUCAUCUGAAAGUGAUCGAGAAGAUGUUACACCUUUCAGACGAACAGAUAAUUUUAUUCUAACUAAUCAUUGGGAUAAAAAUAAUAAUCCAAAAUUAAAUGGUGUACAGAUUCAAAAUGAGAAUGAAGGAUACAAUACAAUAAAAAAGAAAGUGUUUAAUGAUCUACAAACAUAUGGAUUAUCAUUAUCAUCUCAAAAGCCUAAACAUAAAACCUCUUCAAUUAUUGUAACUGCAAAAAACCCAUUAACUUCAGGUGAACAACAACGACAUAGUAAUGCUGAUUAUGUAUUGCUUUAAAAUGAAAUCAUUGUAUAUAGUUAUUGUACGAUAAAAGAAAGUAUAAUUAAUUCAUGAAUCUUUAAUUCCGGAUUUUGUGUUGUUAUGAUACUGUAACUUAAAUUUUUUAAAAAUCGUUUUACAUCACCAUCAUUAUCAUCCUACUUUAUUUGAUUAUGUUUAUAAUUCUAAUUUUUUGCUAUGACAAACAUUUUGUUUAUGUUAAGUGUUUAUGUAAAAUAUGACAUUAAGUGUAAAAGACUGUCUACAGGUGAACUCAUCAUAACAAACUGUUAAAAAAAAUAGUUUAUUAUGUAACAUUUUCACUUUUCAGUACUUUGUGUGUAUGCUUAGAUUGAACUUGAAUUCCUGUCAUGCUUUCUUAAAAUGCUAAUUUUCAUACAUUGAUCAUUUGCAUCCUACCGUGAUUAUUUUUCAGAUUUUUAAUAAUAUUAGUUGAAAGAGAAUUAGAGUAGUGUUUUUCGCUAAUUUUUAGCACACAGUGAGAAUAUUGUGAGAGGUUGCAACUUGUAUAAUAGACCCAUAUAUUAUUUACUGAGAACGGAACAAUUUAAAGAUUAUUUUUGUUGCAAAAUGACGUUAUCUGUGAGACGAUUGAAAAUCAGAGAGUGAAGGGUUGCUUGAACCCUACUUUAGGGUCCGCGACAACUGACUUUCAUAACACCGUACAGGCCCGAAUUCAAGGCCAUCUAAUCAUGCAUACAGCACGAUAUUUACACACUUGUUAUGUUUAUAUCAGUCUGUGCAGCCAGAUACAAAAAUUCUGCCGUGCCACACGACCACAGUCCAACGAAAUAGACUAUUUAAUUUGGUUUGAACACUCUUAGCUUCCUUCUUAUCUAUGCUAAUCCCAAUCAGCAUUACGGGUCGAAGUAGGAGGUUCUUAGGGACUUAUAACAUAUUUUCUAACCACCUCAUUCAAUAAAGGUUCGUAAUUGAUCAAUGGAUUCGCGUAUUUUUAUCAAGUAUCCUAUGUCUAUCCUCGUAACUGUUCACUUGGUUAUAUUACUAUACAUGAACAAUGCUUCGGAAAUACAUAUAAUCAUAUACUUAUUUGGAGACUAUUGACGUCUUUUACCUUCAUUAGCCAAUUAUCAUGUCCAUAGAAAAAGAUAGAUAGAAUGAACUAAUGCACAGUGUGCUCGUCACAUCAUUGACAGACAUACAUUCCACGUGCACCACAAAUAACGUAGGCUGGCGAAAGCUAAUCGAGUCUCCUAGCACCGUGCCUAGAUUUCGUCAGCCACCAACUCAGCAGGUUUAUUAAAACUAAGAUAAUUGAAGUGGUCGGUACACUCAACUAAUUCACUCCCUAUAAUUAGUUUAGUUGUUAUGCAGAGCAGUCCUCAAGCAACAUUAUA